GAGGAAAAUGGAGCGUCUGCGUUGGCUCAUCUUCUUGCUUCUUUUUGGGGAGAAUGAGGCUUUGCCCACCGCGCGUUUCUACCCGACGAAAAACAACAACAUGAAGAUCACGUCGCCGACUAAAGAGUUCGUCAUUGUGGAGGAAAUGGAGUGCGCAUUUUCUUGCUCGAGGGAGACGACGUGCUUGAGCUUCUCCACGACCAAGUCGGCAGGCGCCGUCACCUGCCGCUUUGGGGACGCAUACGACGCAAGGAGGACGGCGGAUCCGGGCAGCAAAUUCUUCUACAAGGAGCCGGUGACAACAGGCUACACGCCGGUCCCCGGGACAAGCAGCUUCUUGAAGCUGGUCCGAAUUGAUGGACUCACCUGGAUCGAGGCGGAUGCGAAGUGUAGACUGGACGUCGGGGGUCGACUUGCCAUUCCCGCGACCACAGAGAUGCUGAAUUCCAUGAACCAGACCAUGAUUGCCAACUUAGGGGUGGACAUAGUGUGCAAGUAUUUCUUCAUGGAUGGCCAGAGCAAGACGAAUCAGUACACUUGGAGCUUCUUGGAUGGCACAAGCCUCAACAUCACGGCGAAAGGUGAUGGAAACUUCCACCCAAAUGAACCCGAUUCCGGUUCCGGUGGUCAAUGCCUCAUGAUGACCCGGCAGUACGCGGUGGCUCCGUUCUACAGCGGCUUCUGGGUCGACUCCUCGUGCACGUCAGGCGUCGUGCAGUUUGGCUGUGUGUCGGAUGGGUACUUCUGCGAGAUCAAGAUCCCGAAUUGA